UGGGCAAGCCAAAUCCGAUGGCUUUGCGACAGAUGUUCAACGAACAGUCUGUAUACAUAUUCACACAACAUGGACAUCCUGACCAUGAAAUGUACGGGAUGUAUUUGAUUGGAAGUUUCAUAAAGCGGAUGGAAUAUAGUAAAUGUACAGUUACCGUUCGUUCAGUGGCCACUAUCAAUAGACCGCAUCCAACUGAGUUUACAGUUGUAUCGGUCUGCGAACUAAAGCGUCCAGGAUAUGACACUACAUUCAAGUUCACUCAGACAUUUAUCAUUAAACGCGUCCCGUGGACCGCUACAGAGUUCCGCAUUGUUGAAACACAUUCUAAAUUCAAGGACGAUAUCGAGGAAGAUUAUCUUCCAAAAGCUGUAUCGGUGAACAUGACUUGUAGGAAGAUAUCGUUAAAAAAAGCAGAAGGUUUCGACCAUAUACGAUUACCCGACGAUGACACCAGAGUGAACGAGCAACAACAGCCAAGUCUUAAACGAAUAGAAAAUGUCAUCAACACGAAGACGUGGUUCGAAAAGAAAAUCGGUGAAAAACCUCAAAUUAAAUCAAAAUAUGGACGCGAAAAGUUGCAAAAGACAGGUGAAAAGUCGACAGACUGCUCAAAUACAUCAAAUACAAAAAACGUGCGGAAAUCAAUCAAAGGAAAAAUGGAAAAUACCAUGAGGGUAUAUGACGCAUCAAGAACAUUUGAUAGCAGAGUUAAGUCCAUCUGUGGCAAUGCAAUAGUUCCGAAGAACACGAUGGUAGCGGAGAAUCCAUUGGCGGAAAAGGAUUCCGUGAAAAAUAAACUAAAAGUCGUAUUGAAAAUGACUGAAAAACGGAACGCCGAUAUAAAAACCAAAUCUGCCGUGAAACAAAUUAGUUUUAAAGUUAAACCAACUAAAUUGAAAAUGCCCGUUAAUGUAAAAACUUAUGUCUCUAAAAACCGUUUCGCGUCUUUAGCAAUAGACGAUGAGAAUAAUGAUUCCGAUAUGGUUAUUUUAGAUGAACAAGAUAAUCUUUCCCAGAAUGUGUCAGAAGAGAUCAACGGCCGAUCGAAAAUAUCAAAGUGCACUGCCAAGAUAAAGAAAUCACGAAAAAGACCGGCUGUUAUUUUAGAUCCGAAUGAACUUCGUAUCGCCACGAAAUUUUCAACGGAUCGACCGAGCAAAAAGUCGGAAUGUUCGAAACCGUGAACAAGGGUUGUGAAGGGUCGAGUUCAAAAAUGAUCAGCACCUAGUACUGGAAUUGAAUUCAGAAACUCAGGCUCCUGGUCGUACCCAAACAGUAGCUGCCAACGGCCGUCAAAAGAAUCUAAGAAAAAUCGCAAAAAGCACAACAAACGCAGCAAUGGUGUUGAUUCUUCCAUCAUCCGUCCAUUUAGAUUACUUAUUCGGACGAUUUUUAGAGAACAGAUGAGUUGUUCGUCCGUUGUUCUUUGAUGUAACAAUCGAUCCUCUUUUUUGGUGGCAACACGUUUAAUACAGUGGUUAU